GGUUUUUUUCCACUGAAAACUCGAUCAAUUCGAGUUUUCGGGUUGUGGGACUCGAACUCGCAGAAUCAGGUUUUUCACAUUGAGUUUUUCUCAUUUUCCAGUUUCUAGUUCAUUCAAGUUCAUCGAAGUUUGAUGAAUAACCCCCCUAAAGUCAUGUGGAGUUGGAAGUAACGUGAUCGUGACAAAAGGCUAACUAAAAAGUUGCUAUACUAAAACUUAACUAAAGGUAAACCACUCCUUCAAAUGUUUCUAGUAGUAUUAAGGCAUGGGGAUCUCAACUGUGGAAAGUUGACUCCAUAACCCAAGCAUUCUGUAUAAUACUGCAGAUCCCAUGCCAGAAUAGAGAUCUCUCUGCAGCCUGAAGAAAAGACUCCUUGUAGAAAUAUAUGGUUUGCAUUAGAAUGUUCCAUGCAAAUAUGUCUCACAUUGUACAGCUCCCUCCGCCUGGAGCAGUGUGCAACCAGACAUACAGAACCAGUUUUACUCUCUUUUUUCCCCCUUUUCUUCAAAAAAGAAAAAUGUGCAUAUCUUUAAAGACGGGGGGGAAUGCUGUACAUUGGCCAGAUUUCUACUAGAUCAUAAAAUGAUUUGCAAGAUUACAGACAUUUUAUGGGAUAACGUUGCUUAAAAUUAGUUUUUUUCCCAUGUUUCGGAGUGUGUUAUUUUGCACGGGUGAUAUACAUAAAAGUUGCAGGCGAUUGUGUUAUAAAAAGCUGUGCUGGGAUUGCUUCUAGUCUGCUUGGGAGUGAGUAUUAGGAAGCCUAAGCAGUUAUAGGAUCCUGCACUUUCUCAUAUCUCGGCUGCAUAAAACACACACAGACUCUGAAAACUGAUCCUUUUCUGUUUUCUCUGGAAUUUGCAGCCUGUUCAAUAGGCUCUAAUGAGCGUCAGCCUUUGCCUGUUGCAGGAGCCUCAGCAUCACACAGAGCUAGGCAAGGUUUCCAAAGCUAACCACAAGCAUCCCCAGCCUUUGUCUUCAGAUGGAUGGAGACUUGAGCCACAGAGAGUCACCAGAGUGAGUGACCUGGAGCACAAGGGACAUUUUUUGGCACUGGGCUUGGAAGGGAGAUACACAUUACUGUUGACGAAGAGGAAUUCUCCAUCAGCUUUUCUAUUUUUAUAAGUGGAUUUCAUCAAAGCCAAAAAUACUUUUCCCCACAAAGCCAAAAGGAAUCUCCCCCGUGUCUCUGCAGGGUUCAUCUCUUAUCUUGGAAGCUUCCCUUGUCUCUGCUUUAUUUUUAUUGGCCGCUAAAUUGAUGUGUUCAUAUAUUUUCUAGCUCUGGAGUUGGAUUGCUUCUGCUUCCCACAAGCUUGCUUGGAAAUACACCAGUCAGAGCCUUAUUCAAGGGUGUCCUGUUGUUGUGUAGUUUGUAUUGGCCACUGGACCAGUUAUGAUGAAGGCAUUGAUCUUCCUCUGCCUGGUCAGCCUGCCUGGACUUUUGGAUGGGUGUCAGUUGCCCCAUGACUGGAGACCACAAACGGAAGCCUGCAGAGCGGAGCUGGUGGAGACUGUAGUGUUUGCCAAGGUCUUGGCUCUGCACAAAGACAGCUACAGUGUGUACAACUACUUACCUUGGCAGUACAACUCAGACCUCUUCUUCUCAGCUGAGAUUGAGCUGCUGUGUGACCAGGCCUGGGGCAGUAUGUUGGAGGUACCCGCUGGCUCCAGGCUGAAUGUGACCGGACUGGGAUACUUCCCGUGCCAUUCCUAUACAGUCAUGGAGAACAAUUCCUAUUACUUCUUCCUAAGGAUGGAUGAGAACUACAACCUCCUUCCCCACGGAGUCAAUUUCCAGGAUCCCAUUUUUCCAGACUCCCCUGAAAAUCACCGCAUGUUUGCGAGUCUCUUUCAGUUUUCCAACUGCUCUCCUGGAAUUGAACCCCAAGUCUACACCCCGGACUGGGAUGCCCAAGAGGAUCACAGGCUCCUGUGUAGCACGGUGCAGAGAGCUCUGCUGGAAGAAGAGGAACGGGUGAAGAACCUGUCUCAGAAGGUCAGGAUGCUGGAGAAAGCCAACGGGCAUCUAAGAGAGAAAGUGAAAAACCUCAAGCGAUCCUUGCGUCAGGCUACUAUAGAGAAUAAGGAGGCCUUGCAGGCCAAGUGUCUCAAUGACAAGGAGAACAGUGGCAAAGACUCAAAGACAGGCAACCAUAAGAAGGUCCUGGCGAGAGCACCUAAGAAACCCACAGGAAACGGGUUGGACUAAGCUGUGAUUCUGAAGCAUUUCUUAGACCAAAAUGGCUGAAGAAGCCCAGAGAACUAAAAUAACAUUCUGAUACAGCAGGUGCAUAUUCCGAGUCAGUAUUAUAGAUAAAAGAAUCUUAUUUGUGAAUCUUUGGGUGCCUUAUUCACUCAAAUGAGUUAUGGGAUCUUGAAUGGACAUGCCUAGGGUUGCCAGCUUUCUAACAGUGGAGACUGGGCGGGGCUGUGUCAAAGAGGGUGGAGCCGUUUGUAGAGGGCGGGGAGUGACAUAAGUGCAGCGAUGAUGCAGCGAUCGCGAUUGGCCGAUUGCCGUGUCAAUCAUGGGGAAGUUUUGACCCGGGCAGCCCUUCAAAAUACCAUGCUGUCCGGAUCAAAACCGGACAGGUGGCAACCCUAGACAUGCCAGCCAAUCGUAAUAGAGGAUAACUUACUACCUAGAACAGGCCCAGAAUUGUAAAAGGAUAAGCAAACCUUUAAAAUAAGUUAAUGUAAAAUUUAUGAGCGUGCUAUUCUAAGAAAUUUUAAAAUGUA